AGGAGGCGGAGGAGGAGAAAGAAGGAAGAGGAGGGAGGAGGACUUAGCCACUGUUGGAGGGGAGGAGAGGCCGAGGUGGACGUGGCGGGUCCGCCGCAGUUGGCCACAAGUCGCGGGCAGUGGAGCCGAAGCAGCCAUGACGCGGAACACCCGCAGGCCGCUAACGGUACGGCACGAGUGCUGACAUUGGCCUCGGUUCCUCCCAUUCGCCGUCAACCGGGCUCCUCCUCAAGGCGUCCGGAGCAGAGGUCUCGGGCGCGGUGGGGUGCAGACGGAGCUCUGCCCCUCACCAUGACGGACUUGGAGGCCGAGUGUCUGAGUCUAAGCCUGGCCUCGGAGGGUGGCUCUCCUCCGCCCCCCCUGGAGUCGGGCAGCCCGCACUCGCUGGCCCUCCUCACCUCGGAGGGCCCCACGCCCACUCUCAGCUCGCUGGCGGCGGAAGUGGCCGAGCCUCUGGUCAUGUUGCCGUGCGUCAAGAGCGAGCCCGAGGACCUGGAGGACCUGGAGCGCCUGGAGCCGAUCCGCACAGUGGACCUGUCUGAGAUCCAACCGCUGUCCACCGCUGAGCUGGGCCACGAGCAGAUCAAGAUGGAGAUCAGCGGGCUGGACUACAUCAAGGCGGAGCAUCACCGCGCUGACCUGGACCACCACCUAGACCCCUUCCGCCAUGCCGACGACAUGGACUACAAGUCGCAUUAUGAGACCAGCUGUGUGUUUGACUACAUCUCCCAGGUGAGUGACACCCUGGACUACAUCAAAUCGGACCACCAUGUGGACCUGCAGUGUUACUACGCCGCGGAGCUGGGCGACUCGGACCUGGCGGCGCCACAGCCGCCGCACAACGCUCUGGAGUCUAUUCACAUGGCCGAGCUGCGCAGCGAGCUGAACAAGCUGCGACCCGACUCGCUGAUGCUGCUGGACGGGAUGCCCAAGUCCGACGCCGACUUCCCCUACCAGACGACGGCGGCCGACCAAGGGAAGGCGACGGCGGGCAAAAGCCUGACGGUGAGAAAGCCGCGCAACAUGCAGGGCGAGAAGCCCUUCUCGUGCACCCAGUGCGGGAAAAACUUCAGCACUCUGGGCAACCUGAAGACUCACCAGCGCAUCCACACCGGCGAGCGGCCGUACACAUGCGUGCAGUGCGGCAAGAGCUUCGGCCAGGCCGGCAACCUCAAGCGGCACCAGCUCAUCCACACGGGCCAAAAGCCCUACGUGUGCGCCCACUGCCCCAAAGGCUUCACCAAGGCCGACGACCUGCGCGCUCAUCAGCGGCUGCACACGGGCGAGCGUCCCUUCGCCUGCCACACCUGUGCCAAGACCUUCGGCCAGGCCAAGGAGCUCAAGGCGCACCGGCUGAGCCACACGGGCGAGCGGCCCUUUUGCUGCCAGCAUUGCGGCAAGAGCUUCGGUAAGGAGACGGCGUACCGCAACCACCUUCUUGUGCAUGACGCCGCCGCCGCUGCUGCCGGUCAGGCCAAGCCCUUUUCCUGCUCGCGCUGCAGCAAGACUUUCAGCAACGCCGCCGUGCUCAAGACCCACGAAAAAAUCCACUCGGGAGAGCGGCCGUUCGGCUGCGCGCAAUGCGGCAAGAGCUUCGGCCGCCUCGGACACCUCAAGGCGCACCAGCACGUGCACACGGGUGAGCGGCCUCACACCUGCGCGCGCUGUGGCAAGUCCUUCAGCCAGUCGGGCCACCUGAAGGCUCACCAGCAGAUCCACAAACGAGAGCACGCCGGUCCAAACGCCGAUGCAGACGCCGAUGCAGACGCCGAUGCAGACGCCGAUGCAGACGCCGAUGCAGACGCCGAUGCAGACGCCGAUGCAGACGCCGAUGCAGAGGGACGUUAGGCAAACGGACUGAUGGACGACUGUUUUUUUUGUUUGUUUUUGUUUUUUUACGUAUAGCCACCUCUUUGUUACCUUUUGGCGCCUUUCUGAUCGUUACUUCUUCUGCUCUUUCGUGCGCAUGAGUGUGGAGGUGUGUCUGAGGAAAGCCGUUUGAGCAUUUUUUUAAAAAAACUUUCUUAAACUUUUGCCUCGCCUUAUUUGCGCGAUUUUGAUGGCGGGAGUUGCGCGCAUUUGCGUCAUUCCCGCCACACACAAGCAGAGAAGAGGACAUUCCGUCAGUAAUAUGCUUAGCAGAUACGCCAACUUCCUCGCUCUGCAUUUUCCAGGCCUGCUCUAUUUUCGUAGAGUUUCAUUGUCAUGACACCUAAAUUUGGACUUUGUUACUAUACCUGCAAAAAGCACUUUGGUACCGAUACCAAAACGGUACUGCGGCAAAUAAUCCAAAUAUCAAUUCACGUCCUGGAAUGGAGGACUUGCAGAAAUGUGACAAUUUUUACUCCUGAAAGCUGGAAAUUCUGAAGAUUCUGACAAUUUCAACAAGGACUCCAAAUGAUUGAUUCAAAUAAUGGCCAACUAAUUGGAUAAUGGACUUGUUGGUGAUGAAUCCAGGAAUUGUUGCUACAGCUCGAAACAAAUCAUUUGUCAAAGCUUACGUUUGUACUAGUGGACCAAAACUGGCAUGAGUAGUGGUAAAACUGCUUCUAAUAUGACGCUUCUCCGUGUGAGAACUUGUCAUACGUCCAUGGACACCUGUCAGAUGGAAUGGAUGCUCAAAUGGCUUUCCACGGGCGUUGCCAAGCAACUGACCAAUCGCGUGACUAGCUUGGUGCUAGCAAACAUUAACUUGCAGUCACACUUUGUUACACGGAAGUCUGUGUACUUUUCUAUAUUUAUACACAUCAAUAUAUAUAUAUAUAUAUAUAUGUACACACUCAUAUCAACUUGUACAUGCAGUGGUGCGUUUGACUGGAAAGAAUGUUGGUCGGUUUCCGAUCGAAAGAAGCUUAAAUUGUUUACACUGAUGACAUUGUAAGGAUGACAUCAUUCUGACCAACUUUGCUAUGUUUUUCUUUUCUACGUCACAUUCCUUGUGAGCAAGUGCGUGUGUGUGUGACAGCAUCCCCUGCUGGGUGAUUGGAGCCUUUUCUUUGUGAAUGAACUUUUUUUUUUCCACCCCUUUCGCCCGACAAUGAUUACAGGUUAAUCAUCUCUUUGUCUUUAUCUUCAUAUCACACACAUUUUGUACCAGUCUUUUAUGAUCACAUGCCUUUUAUUGAAACGAACCAAUUUCUUGUACUGCCAAUCAAAUAUAAAAAAAAGUUCUCUUUU